AUGACUCCAGCAGAGAUGAAAGCACGAGUAGAAGCUUUUGAAAUGCUGACGAAGACAUCCCCUUUCCUUAUGCAAUAUCAGUCAAAUAUGCCGCUGGUCAAUCCAUUUGAUCCACAGGCCCCACUACCUGCACCCGGCACCAAUCCGAACCCGAUGUCGCUAGCUGAUGUUCCUAUUCCUAGUUUUCAGGAAAUGUUGAAUGGUCCUGAUGCUAAGCAGAAUGCGCAGCAGUUGAGUGAGUACAUGCGUAAACGCUUUGCAGCCCAAACAGCGAUGUACGAAAACCUUCCGCAGCGGUUUGAUACCGCAAUCAAUGCCGAUAAUUUAUCUAUCCCUCGAGCUGCAAGCUUACCCGCUCAGUCCACAUCUGCCCCAAGUACUCCAGCAACUGGAGCUAAUUCGGAGAGAUCCGCUUCCUCGGUGGGCAGAACUGUUUCUAAUCAGUUCGUAUCUGUAUCUUGGACUCGCUCAUUGCCGCAUCAUAUGUCAUACUUUCAGAUCCUCCGACGUGCUCUUCCUGCUGUAGCGCAGUCUGUAGGUAUCAAUGCUGUCACCUCCCAGAUG